AUGGGCGGUGCCGUCUUGAGAAGACCUCGUGGGAAUGACAACUCGUCUUCGACGGGAAAGAAGGUGGAAAAGGCGGCCGCGGCGUCGUUUCGCCUCCCUUCGCUCCGCCCACUUUCUGCUGCAGACUCCGCCCAUCGCCCGGAGGCUUGGCCGUUUGCCAAGCCAAGCCAGACUCUUCGGUACUUUAUCAGCGUUCUUUUUCAGAGCCGCGGCGCGUAUCGAUACGCGUUCCGAAGAGCACGUUUGCAAGCGUUCAAUUGUUUUCAGUCAUUUUUAAGCUUUUUUCAGAGAAAAUUCGGGAAAUGAUAGGAGUUUCAGGGUACAAAAAGUUACUGAGAGGGGAGGUUAGUAAAGUAUCAAGAUUUCUGAGCUUUUCUGCGUUUUUCGUUGUUUUUUAAAGAAAGUUCUCGAAAUGAUAACUUUGAUAAUUUUUCAAGGGCAAGAUUGUGAAAAAUCCUGUAUUCCAUGCUAGUAAAAAAUAGGAUUUGAAAUAAAUUUGCUAUUUUUUAGACCUCUUGUAGUACCAGAACAUCCUGGAAAAAAAUAAUUCUAGAGAAAAAAAGUUGGAAUUUCCGCUAAAAGCGCGUUUUGCAGUAAAGUUGCUCCAUUGAAAAACACGCCAUUUUUUUCUUUUUUUCGCUUUUUUUCUUUUUUUUUCCAGAUUUCUAUUUUUUUGUCGUUCAAUUAUUGUAGAGCUCGAAGGUUAGAAUAUAGUAAAAAAAUAAAUUCCCUGCUAUUAUUUUACUAUUCUCGAACUUUUCAGGUCCUAAAAAAAACUUCAUAAGCUAGAAGGAUCCUAACAGACUCGGAUAAGGAAAAAAGAGUGAUUUCUAAAACCCUCAAAGGUUGAUCUCUGAAAUAAACUUUUUCCCAACCAAUCUUGAUCAGGAUCACCCUAAUUUGAACGUAACACAGUGCCGGUCGGUGUCGUUUCAGCCAUUUUUUUUGCCGAUCAGAAAAAAAAGGAGUUUUCGAGGAGUUGCCGGCGACAAUCAGGCCUUCGGAUCGCUUGGACCGCGGCCAGCCGUGCCGAUUUCGAAGCAAAGGACAAGAACCUGUGGUUUCGACUCUUUUUUUUUCUCGAUGAUUAUCAUCAUUGUCUGCUAA